CAAACGAGUAAAAUUAUCAAUUCGAAGAAUUGAAAUUAUUGAGUAUUAAUGUUAUACGUUGUAACACUCAGUCUAUAUCUUAUUCUGCUUGUAAUAAUGAUAAGCGCGGUUCUAUGAAAUUCUUAUCUCUGACUAAAAAUCGUUAUCGAUGAAGUGCAAAAGUAAAAAGCAUGCUUAAAAUAACGAUGAACCAAGAACGAAACGCAAAUUAUGAAGAUCGUAUUGAAGUAUUAUAGUUCAUAAUCGCUUUAAUGACAAAAGAUUACGAGAAGGCUCAUGACAUUGGAAAUCAAUUGUUAAAACGAAACCGUAACGAUGUAGAUGUUAUUUAUGGUCUUAAUAUUCUGAAGCACAAAAAAAACGAAAAGUGCGAAAGGUCAAGUUUAAUUGAAUCUGACAAUGAACGCGAAAGAAGUGACGCAGCCGAUGGUGACGCUACUGAUAUAGACGACAAUGUAGAUGUUCAUAUUAAUCCAGAGAUGGCAGAUAAAAUCAUGUCACACGACAAAUCUCUAUUGAAUAACAAAGCCAGGAUCAGUUUGAGUCUUAAGCAGAGAAUGUAUAAAGUAAUAUCGAUAAAGGUGAAUAAAAAGGUUACGGAAGUAUAAAGAGGGUUUGACGAGAGUUUGAAA